AUGGCCGCAGAUCCCGUUAUCCUCGUCACAGCCGGCUCAGCUGGACUAGGCAGGGCCGUGGCCCUGCACUUUGCCCGCAAUGGUUACAGGGUUGCAUUCAACUAUAAUUCGAAUAAAUCUCGCGCUGCCACGCUUCUGUCAGAGUUGAAAGUAGCCAGCAACAGGGACCAUUUUCACAUACAAGCUGAUCUGUCAUCCCGAACCGAGGUCGGCCGCCUAGUCUGGGAAACACACGGACACACGGGUCGCCUCGAUGUCGUCUUCUCCAAUGUCGGGUGGUCUCAGUUUCGGGACACGUGCCGUCUCGAUGACAACGUCUUUGAGCAAGAUUGGGAUCGGGCUUACACCAUGAAUGUAAAGUCACACCUGUGGCUUUUGCAAGCUACCAUGCCGCAUCUGGCGGAAACUGAGGGCUGUUUCGUAACAACCUCAUCGAUUGCAGAUGUCAGUGGAAUGGGAAACUCACUGGCUUAUGGUGUGUCGAAGGCAGCUCAGAUUCAUAUGAUGAAAGGAGUCGCAACGAUGGUGGGCCCUAAAAUCCGUGUGAAUACUAUUUCACCGGGAAUGCUUGAAACAGACUGGUCAAAACGCUUCACAGACGAAGAAAAGGAGCAGCACAAAAACCAGACAAGACUCAAACGAUUCGUCAGACUCGAGGACGUUGCGGAACAGGUGCUGAGUCUAGCCAAGAAUAGAAGCUUAACAGGAGCCAAUAUUGUCAUCGAUGCUGGAUUUGUUCGUUAG